UAUGAAAUAUACGUGUUUGUGUGUCGAGUUCAGCAAAAAUUGCUUGUGGUGAGCAGCAGCAGCUGUGGUGAGAAGAAAAUCUUGUAGAACAAGAAGAAGCAAGAAAUUUUCUGCUGUUUUGUAUUAAAAGAAGGAGAAAAAAUUGCAAAAAUAUAUAAAACUAAUAAUAAAAUAAUAUACACAGUGUUUAUGAAAAAUAAAUUAUAAUAUAUAUACAAAAAUACCAUGAAUAUUUUAAACAAAUUAAAAGAAUAAACAAAAAAGAAAGGUUAAAAUUAUACAUACAAAAUUUGUAAGAAAAAAAAAACGUAGGCCACGAAAUAAAAAAAGAGCACAAAACGAUAAAAAAAAUAGUAGCAGCAGUGUAAAGGCUUUUUUAAGCGAAAAUAUUACAACAAAAAUUAUUAGGAGAACAACAACAACAAGGAAUAUAUAUUCAGUUUGCAAAUAAACAACAACUGAGAAAAGAAAAUAAAGCAAACAUAAACAAACAGCAAAUAAAAACAACCUUAACUAAAAGAGGGCAACAACAAGAAGGAGAAGAAAUAUAAGAAAAAAAAAAUUAAAGAGUAUUAUACUAAUGUAAACAUUAAAAUACAAAAAAGCUCUUGAAAUACGUUAAAUAUACUAAUCAACAACAAAACAACAAUACUAUUAUAUUUUUGUUUGUUUUUGUUUUGGAAGAGCUAAACGUGAAUGUAAAAAAGGCUAUUUACUAUUAAUGCUGAUAUAAUUUUAACUAGCAAUAAAAGCAACAACCAUAUGCUAAAUUUGUUUUAAAAAAACAACAGCAACAUAAAGUAUGUAUUUAACCAAAAACCUGUCAACAUAAUAACAAAAAAACCAACAAAAGAAUUCCUUUGACAGAAGUGGUAAAUCUACAUAAGCCAUCAAAAUCAGCAUAAAAGAACAAUAACAACAACAAACAACUUAUUAGUUCUAUAAUAUAAAAUAGCCAAGUCUAUAAACAGCAGAAAAUAAAACGAUAAAACUUAUUAUACACUUGAAAUUUAAAACUAUCACAACAGCAAUUAUAACAACAACAGCAACAAAAUUAACUAACAAAUAUCAGAAGAAGGUGUUGUAGUUGUUCAGAAAAUUGAAGACCCCCAAAAAAAAGCUAUAAUACGCUUAAAGAAUUAAAAUUAACUACAAAAUACGUUCUAUAUUGGAAAUUAGAGAAUAAACACUAGAGAAUACGAUAAAUUGAAAGUUUGUUUGAACGACGAAGAAAAUCUACAAGAAAUCAAAGAAACACACACACACAGAAAACAUAAAUAUUUUAUUUUUUCAAAACGGUUAUUUUUAUAAAUUGAAAAAAUUACAAAUUUCAAAAUGAAGCGUCGUAAUGCCGAUUGCGGCAAACUACGGAGACCUAUAAAACGUAACAAAAUAACGGAAAGCAUGUAUGGCAGCACAACCGUAUUGUAUAUGAAAUUUUUGGUACUAUGGGCAAUUGUGAUAACUGCAGAUUUUAUGUUUAUGUUCCGUUUUGAAUUUUUAUGGCCCUUCUGGUUACUACUGCGCUCCGUACAUGAUUCUUUUAAAUAUAAAGGAUUGGCAUUUUCGGUAUUGUUUGUUUGUAUUGCUAUAACAUCCGAUUUGGUUUGUUUAUUCUUUAUACCAGUUAAUUGGUUAUUAUUUGCUGCCAGCACAUAUGUUUGGGUACAAUAUGUUUGGCAUACAGAUAAAGGCAUUUGCUUGCCCACCAUCAUAUUGUGGAUGUUAUUUGUAUAUUUAGAGGCUGGUAUAAGAUGGAAGGAUAGCAGACAUAUGCCACAUUUAGAUUUAUGUAGGCCGUUUGCAGCACAUUGCAUUGGCUACCCAGUGGUAACAUUAGGUUUUGGCUUCAAAAGCUAUGUUGGCUAUCGUAUGCGACAACGUAAACAACGGGAGGUCUCAAAAGAAAAUGAAUUUUAUAUGCAACUAUUGCAACAAGCACUGCCACAAGAAGAACCCGCACCGUCUGAAGACACUCAAACUGUGGUGGCCACAAAUGCUUCCAAUACUACAAAUGCCGUUGCUGCUGUAGUAGCAGGUCAUGGUACAGGCAGUGGUGCUGCACAAAAUCAACAUAAUCAUCAUAAUGGAAAUACAACGUUAGCAACAGGAGCUUCUUUAACCGCAGCUCAUACACAAAUAUCCAAUUCUAUAGCUACAGCAAAUGGUUCUGUGGCCUUAACACAAAAUCAACAACAACAGCUGCAGCAACAACAACAUCAUCAUCAGCAUAAUCACCAUCAACAGCAGGAGCAGCAUCAUCACAGUAAUAAUCACAAUGGUAACAGUUUUACAACAACAAAUGGUACCGCUUCAAUGGCAUCAUCUGCUACUCUAACGGGUGUUGCCAACAACUCAAAUUCCUCCUCCUCCUCUAAUACUACUUUCUCCUCUACUUCUAAUAAUAACAAUAAUAAUAACAAUACAACAUCUUCUACGUCAGCCUCAUAUUUAUCUACUACGCUAACAACAGCAUCAUCAACGUCAUCGUCUAAUGAUGAUAAAAGCUAUGUACAAAUUGGUGGCGGUAGUGGUGGUAAUUUUAUAUUCUCAUCAAAUGGUCAUAUCGGCGGUGGCAGCAGUGGAGGCGGUAAAAACCAUCGACGUAGUAUGGAUAAAGAAAAUAAACACAAAGGUAGUUCAUCGUCAAAUCAUAAUAAUUUAGCUGCUGGUGGUGCUGGUGAUAAUGAAAGUCAAACAAAAACCAAUAACAAAAACAACAACUAUCAUCAAUUGAAUCAGGGCAAUGAAAGCAAUACACAUCAUCAGCAGCACCAACAAAAUCAUAAUAAUAACAAUAAUAAGGAUAAAUCAUCUGAAUGGGAUAAUAAUUAUCAUCAGCAACAGCAGCAACCAAAAGAUAAACAUGAAUCACAAUCAAAAUCGAAUAAAAAGUCGAAUACUUCCACAACGUCGUCAGCAUAUAAUGUUAAUGGCAAUGUUAAUUCGCAUUUGGAUACGGAAGAUGUUGUAACAGUGGAACCGGUGGAGAAAACUAAAGGACGCCGUAAUCGUUCUAAGAAGGAUAAUGCUUCCAAAGACAAUCACCAUCAUAACCACAACAAUAAUAAUAACAACAACAGCAGUAAUAGCAGCAACAACAAUAAUAAUAAUCAUUCUCAUACAAAAGACUCUUCUAACAAAGAGAAUCAUAACAACACAACUAAGGAUACUCAUCAUAAUCAUCAUCACAAUUCCGAUGCUUCAUCGGUUUCCUCUUCCUCAUCAAGUACUUCGUCUUCUUCAUCUUCAGGUGUUUCCGGUAAUUCGGCCACAUCUACCAUAUCUCAUUUAGCUUCUAAGGUUGUCUCAAAGAUCUGUGAAUCCUGUCUUAAACUGGAAGCCGAUGUAAAGAAAUAUCGCUCGGAAAUCAGUCACAUGAAACAGAUCGAAAACGAGUUGAGACAAAAAUUGGACACGAAUAUGACAACAAAAUCCUGUUUGCAGGCCAAACAGAAAGAAUGUGAUGAACUGGAGAAACGUUUACACGAAUUGACCAAUGCCCGGCACAAUGACAUGAUGCAAUUGCAGACGGUCGAAAGGCGUUUAGCCGAAGAGAGGCGGCAGAAACAGUCAUUAGAUGCUCAACUCAAUAACGAGAAGAAGGCACGUAAAUUGGCUGAAGAGAAGGCAGCGCGACCCGAAUGCAGUUCACAGUGUAAACAGAGGAAACAACAGAUGGAGGAGGAAAUUAAACAGCUAAGACGUGAUUUAAAAAUGGCUGAGGAAGCUAAACAAAUGGCCGAACAGCAUGGACGGAAAUGGGAACAGGAGCUGCGUAUGUUUGAGCAAGAGAUACGUAAUCGUGAUUCUAUACAACCCGGUACUGAUGUAUUAAUGAACGCCUUGGCCGCUAUGCAAGACAAGAAUUGCACUUUGGAGAAAAAUCUCUCGGCAGAGACGAGAGUUAAGCUGGACUUAUUCUCAGCUCUGGGGGAUGCCAAACGACAAUUGGAAAUAUCAGAAAGCCUACGUCGCUCCAAGGAAGAUGAGGUGCAUGAUCUUAAGGCAAAAAUUGCCCAACUGUUAGCGGUCAUGCCCACUGAUACUUUGUGUUUGCCCGCUUGUAGCUCAACCGGUGCCAGUUCUAUGUUACGCAUGAAUGAUACACCACCGCUACAAACUGGUCCCGGUCCAGCUUCCCCUAUGCUAACCAGCCUUAGUGCAGCUCAAGCCCAACAACAACUAACCGGACGUGUGAUUGUCUCAGCCUCAACAUCUGAUUAUGUGCAGCAAACCUUAUCCGGGGAAUAUGUUGUUACCACACACUCUCAACAACAGCAGCAGCAACAACAGCAGCAACAACAACAUCAACAACAACAGCAGCAACAACAACAGCAUCAACAACAGCAGCAACAACAGCAAUGUGCUGGAGUUGUACCCGUUUCAGUGGCCACCUCGGUGUUAGUAACAUGUCCUCAAGUUUCUAACGGCGUUGGCAAUCCAAACGGUUCCAAUUUAGAUCCCAAUGCCACGGUCUAUACACCUAAAUCUGGUGGUCCCAACAAUAAUGGGGGAAAUGUUGUCGUUGUCGGUGGCUCCGGAGAUGCCUGAUGUAUAUUUAAUAAAAAUGUCCAUCAACAUUUACAAAACAGUAGUCGACGUCAUGUUUGAGAUUAUUUUACUAAACAAAAACUAAAACUACUUGGAUAUAAAAAACCAAUAAAUAAUUUGUAAAAUUCUUUAACUGAAAUACUCUCUUCCUAAGUGCAUCCAUCAUCGUACACAGCAAAAUUUCUUUUGAAAAUUAUUAUUGUCUCGGACUGUGUGAAAAACAAAUUUUUCUUCUUUCUUAGCGAACAGAGUAUCUCAAUAUUGAAUUAAUAGCAAAUAAUUAAAAUACAAUUAAAAAAUUUAAAAAAAAAACUUUAAAGCAAAAAACAACAAGAUGAAAUAACAAACAACAAAUAUCUUAUUGAAAAAGUAAAACAAAACACACACAAGAAAAUGAAAAUAAUAAAAAAACACAAAUUUGAAAAGAAAUGAAAUAAAAACUGC